UCACAGGGCGGACGGCGAGGAGAGCGGCGGACGGCGGGGAGCUGAGGGGAACAGGAAGGGAGGCGGAAGGAAGGAAGGAGGUGCGUUUCCCGCCACCUGGGGUUUCUCUCUUCACGUCGGACCUUCUGAGGCUCAGCCACCCCCAGCUGCGAGCGGGCGCGUGGGGCUGAAGAAAAGAAGAGGUGAUGCGUUUCGCACUAGCGGCCAUCGCCACUGCCACCCCUGCUGCCGCCGCCGCCUCCACCGCCGCGGCUGCCGCCUCCACCGGGUCCUAGGGCUGCUGCGCUAGAGCGGCUUCUCUCGCACCUCCGUCUCUCCCACCCACCCGCUUUUCUUUUGCACUCCCCCACUUGGCGCUCCCCUCAGUGGCGAGCCCCGGGCUCGAUAUGAGCCGCGACGCCAACUUCAUUUAUUCUUGAACGACCGACGACACUCAACUUUGCGGCCCGUUCUCCUCCCGCCUCUUCUUUCUCUCGUGGGGUUGGCAGAGGGGGAGUAACCGGCUAACCCUUGAAGAUGAGGGUGAACGCGGUGCACUGGUUCCGCAAGGGGCUUCGGCUUCACGACAACCCGGCGCUGAAGGAGGUCAUCCAAGGAGCCGACACGGUGCGCUGCGUCUACAUUUUGGACCCCUGGUUCGCGGGCUCUUCCAAUGUGGGGAUCAACCGGUGGAGAUUUCUGCUUCAGUGUCUUGAAGACUUGGAUGCCAAUUUACGAAAGUUAAAUUCUCGUUUGUUUGUGAUACGAGGACAGCCAGCAGAUGUGUUUCCUAGACUUUUUAAGGAAUGGAAUAUUACAAAACUCUCUAUUGAAUAUGACUCUGAGCCAUUUGGGAAGGAGAGAGAUGCAGCAAUUAAGAAGUUGGCUACUGAAGCAGGCGUGGAGGUCAUUGUACGAAUUUCACAUACUUUAUAUGAUCUAGACAAGAUUAUUGAAUUAAAUGGAGGACAGCCACCUCUUACCUAUAAGAGAUUUCAGACUCUAAUAAGUAGAAUGGAACCAUUGGAAAUGCCAGCAGAAACUAUUACUGCAGAAGUAAUGUCAAAGUGCACCACCCCAGUUUCUGAUGACCAUGAUGAGAAAUACGGUGUUCCAUCACUGGAAGAACUAGGUUUUGAUACAGAUGGACUGCCGUCUGCUGUUUGGCCAGGUGGAGAAACAGAAGCUCUUACAAGAUUGGAAAGACAUUUGGAAAGAAAGGCUUGGGUAGCAAACUUUGAACGGCCACGAAUGAAUGCAAAUUCUCUUCUUGCAAGUCCUACAGGACUUAGUCCCUAUCUACGCUUUGGCUGUUUGUCCUGCCGCCUCUUUUAUUUCAAGUUAACAGACCUGUACAAAAAGGUAAAAAAGAACAGUUCUCCUCCUCUUUCUCUCUAUGGUCAGUUGUUAUGGCGUGAAUUCUUCUAUACAGCAGCCACAAACAACCCACGCUUUGAUAAAAUGGAAGGCAAUCCUAUUUGUGUACAAAUUCCAUGGGACAAGAAUCCUGAAGCUUUGGCAAAAUGGGCAGAGGGCAGGACAGGAUUCCCUUGGAUUGAUGCCAUCAUGACCCAGCUACGUCAGGAAGGCUGGAUCCACCAUUUGGCCAGACAUGCUGUGGCUUGCUUCUUGACUCGAGGUGAUCUGUGGAUUAGUUGGGAAGAAGGAAUGAAGGUAUUUGAAGAAUUGCUUUUGGAUGCUGACUGGAGUGUAAAUGCAGGCAGUUGGAUGUGGUUGUCCUGUAGCUCCUUCUUCCAACAGUUUUUCCACUGCUACUGUCCUGUGGGUUUUGGCAGAAGAACUGACCCUAAUGGGGACUAUAUCAGACGCUAUCUGCCUGUACUCAGAGGUUUUCCUGCAAAAUACAUAUAUGAUCCUUGGAAUGCCCCUGAGGGUGUACAAAAGGCUGCAAAAUGUAUUAUAGGAGUGAAUUACCCGAAACCCAUGGUAAAUCAUGCUGAGGCAAGUCGCUUGAACAUUGAGAGGAUGAAACAAAUCUACCAACAGCUGUCACGAUAUAGAGGAUUAGGCCUCCUUGCAUCAGUGCCUUCUAAUGGAAAUGGAAAUGGAAACGGUGGCCUAAUGGCUUACUCUCCUGGGGAAAACCUUCCUGGCUGUCCCAGUGCAGGUGGAUCUCAAAUAGGAACUAACGAAGGCCAGUCAGGGAGUGUUCAGAGCUGUGCUCUAGGAGAAUCUCGUACAGGAACAAGUGGAAUUCAGCAGCAAGGUUACUCUCAAGGGAGUAGUAUUUUGCAUUAUGCUCAUGGGGACAGUCAGAAAACACAUUUAAUCCAGCAAGGAAGAACAUCACUUGGUACAGGAGUGUGUGCUGGGAAACGACCGAAUCCUGAAGAGGAAACUCAGAGCAUUGGUCCAAAAGUACAGCGACAGAGCAGUAAUUAACUGGGUAAAAAUUAGAAUUCGGAAGGAGGCAUUUGAUGAUAGAAAAUAUGCUGUAUUCCACUCUCAGAAGAAAAAAAAGUAGACAUGCCUCUACUGCAUAGUUGAGAAAUAUAACUUCCAAUGGAGAAGUGGACCAAACAGCACUGAACUUAACAUCCUGCCUGGUAGUGGCCAAGAUCCCCUGCUGUUUAGUCCAUGCUUCUAGCUCUCUUAUAUAGGGAUACCCUGAGCAUGACCUGUAUUACUAGCUUCUCUUUUUCCAUUAAACUAUGUAUUAACUUGAUCCUUUGUUUUUGCUUGUUGAGUGAGAGACACUCCCACUUAACUCACCAGCCAUUUGUGUAAUGUGGAGAGCAACUAUUUAUUUUGUUUAUUUGAACCUAUUUGUUAAUGUUUAUGUGCUUAAUAGUUUUUGAACUGAGAAGAUAAUGUUUUUCAUUUUAUUUGUUCUAAAUACCUUCUAUAGAUUUCUCUUUUGUUCCCUCCCUAAGUUGCAGCUUAUCUAAGACUGUGUCCCAUCUGUAACUUGGUAUUUUCCUCCUCUAUAUUUCUGCUCCACUCUUGUCCCUUAAGAGGGAAAAUCAAGAUCCACCCAAAAUAAUCUGUGGCUAUUCUGCACAUGGAAUCUGGGUAAAUAGCAUUGUUUUCCUACUUAAGGUUUUAUUUUGCUGCACAUUUAUCCAGCUUGCAUUUAGAACAAAUAGUCAAGGCUGCCUUGAAGCAUCGUUGAUCCUGAAGCAGUUGUUCUAUUCCAAUCUUAUUUUCAGAAUAGCUAGGGCUACCUGGUAUGGUGGCUGGGGAUUUUGGGGGUUGCAGUCCCAACACAUCUGGAGGAUACCAGGUUGGGGAAGUCUACUAGGACAAUCCAGUUUUCCUUUCAACUCUGAGGAAGGAUUUUGGGAAGUUCACAGAUUCCUUGAAAGCAUGAAAACAGGAAACCCUAAAUGUACUAUUACUGGUUCUUACCAGCUGGAAUACUUAUUUUGCUGUACUUUUUUUCUUUAUGCCAGAAAUACUGUAAACAUGAAGAAUUGCUCCGACAAUACUUAUGAGGUGUCAGCCCAGAUCUUAGUUUUACUUAAAAUGCUGUGACAUUAAGAUCUGCAAAUACACCAGGAAACCAGUAUUAUGGAUUAACAAACUGUUGAGUUUUGCUGAAUUUUUUUUCUGCACCAAGAUGAACCAGUUUUUCCAACCCACUGCUUUACUCUAAUCAACAGCUUCUGGACUAACUUAAAGGGUAAAAAAGACACUUGAAAGAAGCUGUGAUUCAUUUGCUCAGCACUACAUUUCUGCAUUGUUAUGUCUUAAAUUCUUUGUGCUGGGUUCUUCCUUUAUUUUGUCUUUGAGCCACAUCCAAGAUCUAAAUUUCCAGAACUAGUAGGACUCAUCUUGCCAGAGUUCACUCUCCAAUACUGCAGAGCCAUAGGCCUCUGGAGUAGCUUUACUUUGAGGAGCUGCUUCUAUUGUGUGGAGCCUGUACAAUUAUCAGAUAUGAUUUGGUAUAAAAGGCCAGUCUAAUGUUAAAAUCCCCAACCCUAAGAAAUCCUACUUUGCUGUGUCUGUAGAUGCCCUCUAGGCUAGUUAUCCCCAACUUUGAUUACAAACUUUUAGCUGCAAUCUUAAACAUACUUAUCUGGGUGUAACUGAUUGAACUCAGUAGGGCUUAUUUCUGAGUAGACAUGCAUAAGAUAGUACUGCUGGUCUGUCACUUCAGGUGCUGCUUUAUGCAGCCUUUUUUGCCUUUUGGCCUCACUUCCAUUUGAGAUGCUUUUGACAUAAAUUACCUGUAGUUUGAAAUCUGUAAACCUGUUUUCUUUACCCAUCUCUGCUUGUAUUUUUAACUUACAGCAGUGUUGAGAGAAGGAUCCACAUCCUAAAAUUUCAGGGCAAAAUUAUAUCACUUCAUAGUGGAAUUAAAUUUUUGUGAGGGUACUUAUAGUACAAUUUUCAUUUUCAUACAUUUAUUUUCACACUCUAAAUUGUUGUAAUCAGGUAUGAUUUUUUGGAAUGCAUUGUUUCUAACUGGCAUUUAUAUGGUUUUUAAACUUUUAAUGACUUUCACAAGAGGCUAAUAGAGAUUUUUGUAAAUACAGCAUUUGGUGAUGAGUUUGGUAACUUAAUGUAAAUAUAAGCAUUCAUGAUUAGUGAUAGAUUCAUCAAUAUAUUUUUGAUAUUUCAUGUAUGGCUUUCACUAAAGGCAUUAAUGGAUUGAUGUAUAAUGGAAAAUGUCCAGGCAAUGAUGACCUUUUUAGAUUUAAUAUUUUUAGAUUUGGGACAGGAUUUUUGACCUCUUUAUGAUCCAAGCUCUGUCUUUUCAAAAUGUCAGCUCUUGUAUGUCUGUGAAUAAAAUACAACAGAGAAGUUAUUGUAUGGAAAUACAGUUGUAUAUAAGCCCCAUGCCAAUAUUUUUGUUAAACAACAAAGUUGUCAUGUAAUACGUCCCAUUCUUGUAUUUCCCACUGCCUUGUUCAAUCACAGUGAGGAUUCCUUGUUAAUAAAAAUGUAUAUACAGUUUGUUUCA